UCUCUAUCAUGUCCAAUACACUAAAUGAUGAAGAGGAUGAAAGAAGCUUCUUUGAUUCUACAUUGCCAUCUUCUUGCCCUUCUUCCUCAUUGUUGGAUGAAAUAUGUCAAUCUUAUAAAGUACCAGACAUCUUGGAUCAUCUUGUAUUACUACCAGACACAAGCCAGAACUUACAGAGCAAUGGCAAUCGUCCUCUUCUUUCUGCUAAUGCGACACAUUCAGACUCUUCUUUAGCAUCUCAGCAACAAACGGGAACUGUAGAAAAGUCUCGCGAGAAACUGAUGUCAGAGAUAGAAGAGACUAUUAUGCAAAUGAUCCAUUCAAUCAUGGUAGGACAGCUGAUUCAUCUGCCGCUUCAGAGUAGAAGGUUGAGUGCGAGUCAGCCACAACAAAAAAGGAGAAAGUCAUUUAACAGAUUAAGCUCACAAACCUAUGGUAAUGAAGAAGAAGGAGAAGAAGGAGAGGAAGAUAGUCCAGAAGAAGACAGGAAAAGAAUAUUGUCUUUAAACAGCGGCAAUUGUGCAAAAGCAUUAGCUCGCUAUAUCAGUGUUCUUCAAAUGAUCUAUGAAGCUAUUUCAUACAAGAUUACAGUGACUAAAAGAGAUAUCUUUUACAGAGAUGUGGUGUUGUUUGGAAAACAAGCUGUGGUAGAUAUUAUUGUAGAUGACAUUUCAUGCCAUUACAAUGUUCCAAGAUCUUCUCUUAAUGUGACUGCGGCCUCAAAAGGACUUAUCUUUGGUCCAGUCAAAAUCAUAUUAAAGAAUGGCAAAGCGCUUGAUUGUAUGUCAUUUUCUUCUCAAGAAGAUACCAACUCUUUCUCGAGAUUCUCUGAUGAACAAGGUACAUUGAUUCCGCCUAUCAGCCAAGUAGCAGAAAUUCAAUCCAAGGCCAAAUGCAUGAUUAUAAUAGAAAAAGAAGCUACAUUCCGAUACUUGGUCUCGAUUGGAUUCUGCCGUUCUUUACAACUGCAGCAAGACUGUAUUCUAGUGACUGGAAAAGGAUAUCCUGAUUUAUCAACUAGACAGCUUGUAAAGUACUUUUCUACACACUUUAGUACUAAACCUAUCCUGGCUCUUAUGGACAAUGAUCCACAUGGUCUUGAUAUUUAUGCUACUUAUAAAUGGGGCGCAAGAGCUAUGGCAUUUGAUGUCUUGAAUUUAGCAGUAAACAAUCUUGAAUUGAUUGGACUAAGGUGUCAAGAUAGAGAAGAUUUUCAUAUUCCUACUGAAAGUUGGAUUCCUAUGACAGAUAGAGACAGAUUGAAAUGUACUGCCAUGGUUCGCACUUGUAGCUUAGAUGAAACACCCGGUGAAAGUCAGUUAGUUGAACGAGGCUGGAGAGACACAGUGGAUAUUCAGUUAACCUCUCAAGGACAUCGAGAAUACAUCCAUGAAAUCUAUAAGCUACUCGAGUCAGAUCACAAGUGUGAACUUCAGGCGCUGAAUGCUAUAGGCCCAUAUGGUCUGAGUAACUAUUUAACUAAAAAGCUCAGCAAAUACUUGUCAUAAUGAAACAUACUAUAGAACAAUAAUUAACCUGAAA